AUGCACUUCUUAUGCUUAACUCUUGUCUUGCUAGUUUCAUAUACUUCUGCCUUUACUUCUCAUGAUUAUUCAAGUGCACUUGAGAAAUGUAUUCUCUUCUUCGAGGGACAGAGGUCGGGGAGACUGCCAGCGAACCAACGUCUCACGUGGAGAGGUGAUUCCGGCCUAUCCGAUGGCUCUGGUUAUCAUGUUGAUCUUGUAGGAGGAUAUUAUGAUGCAGGAGAUAACGUCAAGUUCGGCUUGCCAAUGGCUUUUACUACCACAUUGCUCGCUUGGAGCGUAAUUGAAUUCGGUAACUCAAUGGGGAAUCAACUCGACUACGCCAAGGCAGCCGUGCGUUGGGGCACGGAUUAUCUUCUAAAAGCAGCCACAGCCUCCCCUGGCACCUUAUACGUGCAAGUGGGAGAUCCAAAUAUGGAUCAUCAUUGCUGGGAAAGGCCUGAAGACAUGGACACACCUCGUAAUGUGUAUAAGGUGUCGUCUCAGAGUCCAGGUUCUGAUGUUGCUGCAGAGACUGCUGCAGCAUUGGCAGCUGCUUCUAUUGUGUUCAAAGAUUCUGAUCCUGCUUAUUCUGCUAAAUUGUUACACACUGCCAUGAAAGUGUUCGAUUUUGCUGACAGGUACAGAGGUUCUUACAGCGACACACUCAAUUCUGUGGUGUGUCCAUUCUAUUGCUCGUACUCAGGAUACCAAGACGAGCUUUUAUGGGGAGCAUCAUGGCUUCAUAAAGCAUCUAGAAACGCCUCGUAUUUGGCUUACAUUCAGUCGAAUGGGCAAACUCUGGGGGCCAAUGAAGAUGACUAUUCCUUCAGUUGGGACGAUAAGCGCGCUGGGACCAAAGUUUUACUCUCUCAGGGCUUCUUAGAGAACAGUAUUCAAGAAUUUCAAUUGUUCAAAUCACAUUCAGACAACUAUUUCUGCUCUCUAGUUCCUGGAUCACCUAGUUUCCAGGCCCAGUAUACCCCAGGAGGACUUUUCUACAAAGGAAGUGAGAGCAAUCUUCAGUAUGUCACUACAUCAACAUUUCUUCAGUUGACAUAUGCUAAGUACCUAAACACAAACAAAGGAGUUGCCCACUGCGGGACUUCAACCGUGACAGCAGAUAAACUUGUGGCGAUGGCAAAGAAGCAGGUCGACUAUAUACUAGGCGAUAAUCCAGGAAAAAUGUCUUAUAUGGUCGGGUUCGGGCAAAGGUAUCCACAGCAUGUCCACCAUAGGGGUUCCUCUGUACCAUCUGUACAUGCACAUCCGGCUCGCAUUGGCUGCAACGAUGGAUUUCAGUACCUGCGCUCGGGUUCGCCUGAUCCAAAUGUUCUUUCGGGAGCCAUUGUAGGUGGUCCUGACAAUAAGGAUAAUUUCGCCGAUAAUAGGGAUAAUUAUCAGCAAUCUGAGCCUGCUACAUAUAUCAAUGCUCCAUUUGUGGGAGCUCUAGCUUUCUUCUCAACAGCAAUGUAA